ACCUCAAUACAUCAACGUCAACACUCAUCGACUUAGCCCAGCCAUAACUCCAGGAUUUGCCUUCAUACACCAACAAAGCACGCCGUAUACUCCCAAACACGGCGAUUUCGCAACAACUCUUCUUUAAUUCUGCAUCAUGGCAUCCGGUUACGACAGAGCUCUUCCCGACGGCCACGUUUUCCAGGUCGAAUAUGCCGGCGAAGCUGUCAAACGAGGAACAUGUGCUGUUGGUGUCAAGGGUGCCGACGUUGUUGUGCUAGGAUGUGAGAAGCGCUCCGCCAUGAAGCUGCAAGAUACUCGCAUCACCCCUUCCAAGAUCCAGCUCCUCGAUCACCAUGUCGCCCUCGCCUUCGCUGGCCUAAAUGCGGAUGCUCGUAUCCUCGUCGACAAAGCCCGAUUAGAGGCACAGUCCCAUCGUUUGUCAGUCGAAGACCCUGUCACUAUCGACUACAUUACCAAAUAUGUCGCUGGCGUCCAGCAACGGUACACACAGGCUGGUGGUGUCCGACCAUUCGGCAUUAGCACUCUGAUUGUUGGCUUCGAUAACGGCAGCGAUGUCCCUCGACUGUACCAGACUGAGCCCUCCGGCAUCUACUCUGCCUGGAAGGCAAACGCUAUCGGCCGUUCAAGCAAGACUGUUCGCGAGUUCCUCGAGCGAAACUACAAGGAGGAUAUGGACCGAGAGGCUACCAUCCGGCUUGCUAUCAAGUCGCUGCUCGAGGUUGUUCAAACCGGAGCCAAGAACAUCGAGAUUUCUCUCAUGGCGCCUGGCGCCACCAUCGAAACACUACCUACGUCCGAGAUUGAAGGCUACGUCAAGGAAAUUGAGCAGGAGAAGCAGGAAGAAGCUGCCAAGAAGAAGACGGGCCGGACCCCUGGAACCGGAAGUGCUGCCAUCCUAACCAGAUCUCAGGAUGACUCCGCUGCGGAAUAGAGAGGCGUAUGGGAAGAGUUUACAUAGACAAGCGCAUAAGUCUCUGAAAUCGGAGCCCAGUGCCAUUGUAUUAACACAAGUAAUGACGCACGCAU